AAGAAGAAACCGAACGUCCAACAAAAUGCUGACCGCGAUUUAAAAAUCGAUUUUAUUUUCUUAUUACCAUAUUGUUAUUUGUUGGUGAAUCGGCGUGAAAUAUGACGAACUCAAUGCAAGGUAUAUAUUCUCCAUUGCCCCAAUCGUUGAGUGACUCCGAUUCAGAUAAAGAGAUCAGCAUGGAACCAAUUUGCGACAACUAUCGGAAAAAAACCGCUCCAGUUUAUCGACAAAACGGACAUAGCAUUCAAAUCAAAGAUGACAUAAUAAAAAUAAAAAGAGGGGCCAGCAAAAUGUCGACUACCCGAAAAGUCGCCUUUGUGUGUUCUAUUAUUUUGUGUUUCUUGCCAAUUAUUAUAUUUUUGUGGGUAUUGCCCUGUUCGGAACUUCACACUUGCCCCGUCAAGAUAAAGGAUUGGACGUAUCAGCAAGAAGAUGUGGAGCUCGUCGGCGAAAUUCACUUGGUGGAUGGACUGUACAAGACAAAUUUGAAUUUAGCGAUUCUCUAUAAAGGGAGCUAUCACUCGCCCAAGCUGUUGAAACACGGGGUUUUGUCAUUUAUUGGGACCACUGGAGCAGUGGCGUGGGACUUCCAACAGGAAACUGAACCGCACCAAAUGAAUUGCACUGUCAUUGAUGUAGAUUCAAAUGGAAAUUUCGAUUGUCUUGUGGUAGACGAUAAGGGACUUAAGGCGAUAGAAACCGUUUCAGGGCAAGCGCUGUGGCACGCCCAUUCGGCAGAAGAGAAAAAGACUGUUAGAGAUUUAAGCUUGCCAGUGGCAAUUCCAGAUUUGAAUAAUGAUGGUGUAGAUGAGCUACUCAGUGUAUUUGAAAGGAAGAGUUUUUUAGUACUCUCUGGAAAAACCGGUAGAGCUUUGGCAUAUAUUCAAGUGCCGGGAUGUGUAGAAAUUUCAAAGUUAUUCUUAAAUGUCCACCUUAGAUACUUAUGUAAGAAUGGGACCCUGUACGAGGUAACCAUUGACGCCAUACAAAAGUUUAUUGCGGACAGCCGUUUUAAAAUAAGUCCCCAUAAAAUUAACUACGGAAUUAAUGAAAACGUGUAUAUGGCGGGCAAUAUGCGUUUAACGGUCACUAACGGCGAAGACUGCCCAAAGUGCCGUUCGAUAAUAACCCUUACAGACGAGAACAAUAAGUUGGUGAAAAGCUGGCCAUUUGACAAUGCUUACAUACUGGAUCCAAAGUUUUUGUUUUUCGACUCAGCUAAGACCAAGUCGGAUUCGUCGAAAGGCCGCGUUAAUGGCUUCAUAGUCAAAAUUUGGCAGUGGUCUGAGCGUUACCGAAAACUGCGGCCCUCCGCUAGAAUCCAUAAACGCAACGUCCUGAUGAUAAACGUGAACGAAACGUAUUUUGUCAGGGAAAUCUCAGAACGCGUCGCUUUGGUCAUGCUCAACGACACCAACAACAUAAUCAACGUCAGUUAUACAGAAAUAAGUCAGAUCUGUGACGGCAACUCCGACAACUGUCAACCUAGUUAUGCAAACCAGAAAGACAGUUUACUGAUCGCGGACAUCGAUCGGGACGGCAGCAAAGAACUCGUGAGUUACUACAGCACGUACCUAAAGAAAAACGACGACUGGCGUCUGAUUUCCUACUUAAAAGUUUUGAGGUUGGAAGAGGAACUGCCGAAACUGUAUGGGGCCAAGAAGUGAGACCGUAAUGCGCGGUGCUAGAUAUCCAUAUCAACCGAAUUAGGUUCUGUUCUCAAUUACCGACUCUCUAUUUAGAAGGUUUGUCGCCACUUACGCGACUUCGGCUCUCUUCUCUACUAGGUAUAUGAACACUUCUCGUGAUUAAUUUUAAGUUGACUGAAAAGUACAAACUACUAUGAUUAAGUUUUCUUAUGCGCACACGACUCACUUAUGUCAGCCCAUACGUUCCUAAUUUUGGUCAGUGUUUCAUAACGACCAAGCACCUUUUACUACGUUCAAUGCUGACCUGAUUGUAUCGUGUUUCGUACAAUUCUAGUCAUUAGAAUGUGAUUUUGUUUAAUCUAGAUCCGAUUCGUUUUAUGUUCUAUUGAAAAAACUAUACCGAAACAAUUCUCCAGAAGUUAUUGUUUCGUUUGACAUGCGAUUAUUUGAUAAACUUCUUCACAGUCGUCCGCCAAGCUACUUUUGAUAGUUCUGUCAUCGGCUGUCAAACGUAAAUUCUCUUUAUUCUUCGUUUCAUUACAAAAUCGUCCGCCGAAAAACGAAACGUACGUUCUGGCAUCUGUCAUUUGGUGUUUGUGCGGUUAAACAUCUUGACUCCCUUGGCAAUAUGGUAAAAGACAAAGUGGCCUGCGACUUCGAGUGACUCAUUGACAUUUAGCUUUUAAUAUUUUGUGAUCUGAGCGUACCCUAACCAAAGUCUUAAGUGUGCUAGAAUCUCUUGUAUAUCAGAUAGACAAGGAAAAUAUAAAAAUAUUGCAACCCGUUUGGUAAACUUUCUGGGGAU